UGCCGGGCUCCGCGCACGUGUCGCCGCGUACUGGGCAGCCGCAGAGCAGCCAGGUUGUCAGCAGUGGCAGCACUCAUGGCUGGUCCCCUGUGGCUGGUCUCAGCCUUCAUACAGAGACACAGGACAGCCCUUUUGGUGGGUUCCUGCACAGGCCUGUUUGGAGCUCAAAUCUCGUACCACCUCUUCCCGGAUCCCGUGGUCCAGUGGCUUUACCAGUACUGGCCCCAGGGCCAACCGGCCCCACUCUCCUCAGAACUACAAAGCCUCUUCCAAGAGGUCCUGCAGGAUAUGGGCGUCCCUUCUGGCCACUACUACAAGCCCUUCACCACCUUUACCUUCCAGCCUGUGAGUGCCGGCUUCCCAAGACUCCCUGCCGGGGCUGUCAUAGGCAUCCCUGCCAGCUUCCUUGGUGGCCCAGUAACCAACAGUGAUCAUCCUGUGGUCAUACAUGGGCAAAGAGUAGACUGGCAGACCCCAGCAGGCACCCGUCUAAGAGAUGCCCUGACCCUCUCCCGUGACGCCCAGAAGUUUGCCUUGGCCAAAGAGAUGGUAUACCUGGAGACUAGUGCAGCUGCCCUGCAGGCCCUGCCAGCCCCAGCUUGCCUGGCAGGAACCUGGGCACUGAGUGUGGGUGCCAAGCAUGCACUAGGGCUCUAUGGAGGCCCCAUGAACAUACGAGCUGCCUUCAACUUGGUGGCAGCAGUGGCAGGCUUCGUGGCCUAUGCCUUCUCCGCAGACUCUCUUACUCAUGCCCUGGAAGGUUGGCUGGACCGCCGCACUGCCUCCCUGUCUACAGCCUACGCCCGAGGUGGAGUGGAAUUCUAUGAGAAGGUUCUGUCAGGCAACCUGGCCCUGCGCAGUCUCUUGGGCAGACGCGGGGAGAAGCUGUAUACACCCAGUGGGAACAUUGUCCCCAGACACUGGUUCCGCAUCAAGCAUUUACCCUACACAACCCGCCGGGACUCUGUACUGCAGAUAUGGAGGGUAGCACCCAACCCAGGCCGCUCCUGAGGUGCUCAUGACCAGGACAGUUCCAGUUCAUGCAAAUACCACUCUGGCAUUGUCUGGGAGAAUCCCUUGGGACCUCUGGACCCACAGACCACAGUCAGAAAAAUUAUAGGCUUUGGAGUUAAAUAUCCUAGAUUCUAUCUUCUCCUACCACUUAUGAACUCAGGGACCUUGGGCAAGUCCCCUUUAUGAAUCUGAGCCUUGGUUUUCUCAACUAUAAUGUGGAGAGGAUAUAAACUACCUCACAGGAUUAUAGGGAUAUAUGAAGUCAUGAAUAAGAGGACCUGGCAGAAAGAGUACCAUGAAUAAACAGGAUAUCACUCCUC